CGGCAGGUGGUCUCCGCGCACCCAGCACUUAACCGCAGCUUAUUAAUUGGAUUAUGACAAGUUUCCACAUCAGAACGCAGACAGCACACGGCUGAAAUGGACGGAAUAGACUGACUUUUUUUUCUUUUCUUGUUCUUUUGGAGCCAGACUAGAUCUCUUUCUUCAAGUCGCUCUCAAGGACGCUGUAAAUUGGUAGAUAAGAGUUUCUUUUUAACGGACUGCGCGUCUUUGCGUGCGUAAAGCUCUCUGUGUAGACAUUCGAGACUGUUGACAGUUUUAUUUUUGUUUUUAUAGUUUUUUUUUUAAGUUGAAAUUAGUACAUUGUAAAUAAUGGCGCUAGCUAGAUUCAGUAAAAUACUUCGUCUGCCCACUCUUGAAAUGAAAAAGAAAGUCAAACAGUACGAGCACGUCAACCGGGACGUCAAUCCCAACGACAUAUGGGAAAUUGUUGGUGAGCUGGGCGACGGUGCGUUUGGAAAGGUAUACAAGGCCAGGAACAAAGAGACGGGAGCGCUGGCUGCAGCCAAAGUGAUCGAGACAAAAUGUGAGGAAGAGUUGGAAGAUUACAUGGUUGAGAUUGACAUCUUGGCUAAAUGUGAUCACCGCUACAUUGUCAAGCUGCUUGACGCAUUCUACCAUGACAACAAGCUCUGGAUUAUGAUUGAGUUCUGCCCUGGAGGAGCUGUGGAUGCUGCAAUGCUAGACUUGGAUCGGGGGCUGACAGAGCCACAGAUUAAGGUGGUUUGUCGCCAGAUGCUGGAGGCUCUGGUCUACCUCCAUGGAAAAAAGAUCAUCCACAGAGACCUGAAGGCUGGUAACAUUCUUCUUAUGCAGGAUGGUGACAUUAAACUGGCUGAUUUUGGUGUGUCUGCAAAAAAUACCAAAACCUUACAAAGAAGAGAUUCUUUCAUUGGAACACCAUACUGGAUGGCUCCAGAGGUGGUCAUGUGUGAGACGAUGAAGGAUGCGCCGUACGACUACAAGGCUGACAUCUGGUCUUUGGGAAUCACUCUGAUCGAGCUUGCACAGAUUGAACCCCCACACCACGAGCUCAACCCCAUGAGGGUGCUAUUAAAGAUAGCAAAGUCUGAGCCUCCAGGCCUGGAGAGGCCACAGAAAUGGUCACAGGCAUUCAAUGAUUUCCUGAGGAAAGCUUUGGAUAAAAACCCAGAGGCUCGCCCAACUGCAGCACAACUGUUGGAGCACCCUUUUGUGAAAUCAGUGACAUCUAACCGUCCGCUAAGAGAGCUGGUGGCUGAGGUCAAGGCUGAGGUCAUGGAGGAAAUCGAAGACAAUAGAGAGGAAGGAGAGGAAGACGACGGCAUGGACCUCACUGUGUCCUCAGACAAAGAGCCAUGCCAGACAAGUCAGACCAGUUUGGAGGGAGACCAGCCCCCAGACACCCCAAGCCCUACACCCUCUGCACCUACACCAGUCCCUCUCCCCAGGAAGCAGAACCAGCCAGGUACUCCAACAGAGGACGAGCCAGGCUCCAUCAUGGAAGUCCCUGUACCCCUGCCACGACAGAAUCUCCCCAAGAACGAUCCAGAUGAGAUGGGAGACAAACUCGGUGAAGUCCUUGAGCCAGACAAAUCUGAGAGUGAGGGGUCAACCAAGACUACCUUCUCAGACUCUGGUAUCGAGGAUGGGAAGAGUACACCCACAAUGGAGGACGAAAAGGUUGCCGGGGACACCCCAGAGACAGAACAGCCGCCAUCUAUCCCUCAACAGGAGGCAUCUGAGGAACCUCUUGAAAUCAUCAUGGACUCAACAGAACCACAGGUCCCUAAGAGCUCAACUAAUGGAGCAUUGCCAAAUUCAAGUUCUGGUCUGACUCCAGCACCUUCGCAUGCAUCCUACACUGCUCUUACCCCGGUAGCAAACGGCAGCCUCAUAAAGGGUACCCCCGAGCAGACACCGAUGGGAGAAAAUGCUGACCCUGGCUCAUCUUAUAUCAAUGGAGGGAUUAUCAACACACGGCUAUAUUCAGGCAGCAUGGACAUGUCUGUCAACAAGGAGAACAUGUCCAUUUGUGCAAGGGACUUUUCACGUAAGACUCUGAAGCGCACCAGGAAAUUUGUUGUUGACGGUGUAGAGGUGAGUGUGACCACCUCCAAGAUCAUCAGAGAUGAUGAGAAGAAGGAUGAGGAGAUGAGAUUCCUCAGGCGGCAGGAGCUGCGUGAGCUCCGUCUGCUGCAGAAGGAAGAGCAGCGCGCUCUGGCUGCUCUGAAUACCAAACUGGAAACACAAAGGGAACAAAUGCAAAGACGUUUCGACCAGGAGAUGAAUGUCAAGAAGAAGAACUAUGAUCUGGAACUAGAAAAUCUGGAAAGGCAACAGAAGCAGGCAAUUGAAAAAAUGGAGGAAGACCACAAAGUUAAACUGAAAGAAGAGACCAAACGUAUCAAAGCAGAACAGGAACGAGACUAUCACAAAUUCCAGGACCAGUUAAAGCAAAAGAAAAAGGAGGUAAAACAUUCUGUUAAUAAGCUGCCCAGAAGUCAGCGUAAAGAUACUUUGAAACACAUGAUGAAUUCCUUCCAAGAAAAGAAGAUGACAGAGGAAGAGACAUUCUUGGCAGCUCAGAAAAACUAUCUGGACACCACACUGAAGAACAUCAUUGCCAACAACAAGAGAGAGAUCGCAGAGCUGGAGAGGGAAUGCCUUCACAAAAAGCAAAGCCUAAUCAGAGAGCGUGAAGCUACAAUAUGGGACAUGGAGGAGAAGAACCUUUACGAGAGACACCAGCUGUUGAAGCAGCAGCUGAAAGAUCAGUACUUCCUCCAAAGGCAUCAACUUCUCAAAAAGCACGAGAAGGAGAAGGAACAGAUGCAGAGCUACAAUCAGCGAAUGACCGAGAUCCUGAAAACUCGGCAGCAGGUGGAGAAGAGCCGACUGCCUAAGAUUCAGCGCAGCGAGGCAAAGACUCGAAUGACCAUGUUCAAAAAGAGCCUCCGCAUUAACUCAUCGGGGAAUUCCUCAGAGGACAGGGAGAAGGUCAAACAGUUUUCUCUGCAGGAGGAGAAGCGGCAGAAGGCCGAGCGGCUGCAUCAGCAGCAGAAGCACGAGAACCAGAUGAGGGACAUGACUGGUCAGUGUGAAAGCAAUAUCAGAGAGCUGCAGCAGCUACAGAAUGAAAAAUGUCACCUACUGAUUGAGAAUGAGACUCAGAGGCUCAAGAUGUUGGAUGAGCAACACAACCAACUGAUGAAGGAUUGGAGGGAUCAGCUGAAGCCCAGAAAGAAGGCCCUUGAAGAUGAGCUGAAUGCGAGGAAAAAAGAUCAGGAGGCUUUCUUCAGGUUGAGUGAUGGCUUCGAAUGCCCAAACCCCAGCUCUCCCCAUAAAGUCUCAAAGUUUGUGCCUUACCAAGACGAGACGACCACAUGAGAACAGAUGCUGCGACACUGCACGGUAUCCUCUUCUGCCCACUAACGCAGCCGCUGCUGGUGUUGCCAUCGCCUGGUGUGUUUUUUUUUGUUUUUGUUUUUGGCGCUUUAGCAGUACUGUCAGAAUGCUGAUCGAUCCUUUAGCUUUCUUUAUCGUUUUAGUGAAUAUUUGUUUUAACUAAUGUUUUAAUUCAUGUUCUGAUGCGCUUCAUGUGACACCCUCAUUUAAUUUCUGCUCCCAUACAGUGUUUACUUCCUUUUUCUGUUCAAGUGUGCGUUGUAUUUCUCGCCAGUGAAGCGUGCGGCUAGUGUGAUACAAUGGCUUUUUAUUUAGGUGAGCUGAAGAUAACAAUCUGUUUCACUGAGUACAUAUUCAGGAGAACCACCUUUAUGAUUAGGAACAAGUUUUUGUCCAAAGCACUCAGCCAGGAAUUAUUUUUUUUGUUUUUUUGGCAUGACAACGAUGAAUGCUAGACAUAUUGGUGACCCAAUUAGCACUUUUUGCUUAUUCCAAUAUUGUCAGGGUUAUCUUCUAAAUAAGACCAAAAACCGCUCUAAAAACAUAAUUUACUGAAUCUUUUUUUUUUUUUUUUUUUGCCUUACUUUGAUUUGCUCAUUAACUUUGCCUUAGCUGCUAAAGUCUGCCUUUUAUUUAUUUUACUCACAAAGAACAACGUUACCCAGCUUUAUCACUGUACAUUCUUAAUUUAACCAUUUACUUUGUCUUUUAAUCACGGUAUGAAGGAUGUGAUAAUUUUUGUAUUUUUUUUUUUAAUUGAGGGAUGAGGCUGAAUCCAAAUAUAUUUGAAUUAAAUGGUUUCCUUCAAGAUUAGCAAAUAAGGGAAGACAAGUUGUUUUUCAGUGUUUUUAGUUAUUUUUCUGUUGUAUUACU